CCGUCGUGUCGGUUGGUGCUUAUAUUCAUCUUUCAUAAAUUACAUUCUCUCUCAUAGUGGUUAUGUGUUUCGUGUAUUCGAAAGAACCAAUUUUCCGUGUUAAUUAUAGUGUAAUGAUUGUUUAAUUCGUUUAUUAUCGUUCAUACAAAAUUAGUGUUUGACGAAAAAGUGAUGAAUUUAGGAAAUAAGUGACACUUUGAAUCUAAAAAGUAACUAGAAACUCUUGGAUUACCCGCAUUUCGCCACCAAAAAAAGUGGUUAACACUCAUACAGACACUUCAAAAUUUAGCACCAUGUGGCGAAAAUGGCCCCCGAUAAUGUCGGGAGCUGUUUGGUUACUUCUCAUUAAUAUCGUAUGGGCACAGCAAGAUUUCGACAACGAUGUCAACGUAAGGUACAAUCCGCAAGAUACGUAUUCAACAUUCAGUAGCACUGCAUCGCCAAACCGAGACUUUAACGAUGUAUACAAUCGCGAUUCAUUUGGUGAUCCGGCGAAUCGUGAUUUCGGUGUAACUCCGGGCGAUCCGUUCAAUCGUGACUAUACAGCUGGAAAUCGUGAUUACGGAAGCGCUAAUCGGGAUUUUUCGAAUCCGAAUCGUGAUUUAAACAAUCCGGAUUACACGACAGGCAAUCGGGAUUUUAGUGCAGGUGAUCAAAAUUUUGGCUUUGGCAAUCGGAAUAGAUUCGAUGGUACCAAUCGCAACACAUUUGAAAGCACAAUAAAUUCGAAUCGAGGACGAGUGUCGAAUCGGGUUAGCUUCCUGGAAACGUUGGCUAACAACUUAUUCAACGAACCAACUUACUUUAUCGUUGCAUCGCGAAUGGUUCGACCUGGCCAAGUGUACAGAGUGGCUGUUCAAGUGAUAUCGACACCACUACCCAUUACCGUCAGAGCUAGUGUGUCUCGUGAUGGUGUUGAAAUGAGUGCUGAUGCCAAAGACGUCAAAGAGGGUAUACCGGAAACGCUAUUGAUGCGCGUACCGACAACUAGUGUACCCGGCAAUUACAAACUUCGAGUAGAAGGUCUCUUCAAUCAGGCUUUGGGUGGAAUUGCAUUUAUAAACGAAACGAAAUUGACAUUCUCCCAACGAUCGAUGACAAUAUUCGUUCAAACGGACAAACCAACUUAUAUGCAAGGCGAAACGGUUAAGUUUCGAACAAUACCCAUUACCACUGCUCUUCGGGGUUUCGAUAAUGCUAUCGAUGUUUACAUGAUCGAUCCACACAAGCACAUUUUACGGCGUUGGUUAUCACGACAGUCAAAUUUAGGCACAGUCAGUUUGGAUUACAAACUGUCCGAUCAACCGGUUUUCGGAGAAUGGACGAUUCGUAUUGUUGCGCAGGGACAGAUCGAAGAGCAUCGUUUUCAGGUAGAGGAAUACUACCAAACUCGAUUCGAAGUUAAUGUUACAAUGCCGGCCUUUUUCUUCAACUCGGAUCCGUACAUCUACGGAAGGAUUAUGGCUAAUUUUACCAGCGGUGCACCAGUUAAUGGAAACCUAACGAUCAAGGCAACAGUUCGGCCAUUAGGUUGGUUUAAUGCAAAAGUAAUAAAUCAACGAUACAGAGUCGGUAACACCGGAUCCAGAAAUUUGCCCGACUAUCACAUCAACGAAAACUUCCUCAACAAUCCCAACUUAGGACCCAUUUUAACGUAUGGCCCCAAUCCAGAUCCGAAUUUGGAUCCAUUGUCUCAAUAUCCGCAGAACAAUAUUCUGAACAAUCAGUACAAUUCCGAUCAAUAUGCCAGCGAACGACACUUCAAUUUCGACGAAGAGUGGCCCUUCUGGGUGAAACGUUACGAAUCUCAACAAACCUACGACCCAUGGUCGAAAACCUAUCGAAAUCAAUUGCCCUACCUUCGUUUCUUCAAUGGAACCUACGAGUUUAAGUAUCCAAUGUCAGAGAUAGCACAGAUCUAUCCCGCAGCGUCCGGAAUGGAGGUGAUGAUAACGGCUACUGUUGGUGAACGAUUUUAUGACGAAGUCAUCGUGGGCUAUUCCAUUGCCCGAGUGUACAAUUCAUCCAUAAAAGUGUCAUUCCUCGGUGGAACACCGCAAGUGUUUAAGCCGACAAUGCCAAUCAUGUGUUACAUCGUAGCUGAAUAUCACGACGGAUCUCCGAUUCCUUUCGACGAUUACUAUCAGGGUGAAUUGGAAGUGUCCGGUUUUGUCGAAAGCAGAUCUGGUGGAAGGCGAGAGUAUCCUAUACGACGGUUGAAAAUGUCUGAGACGAAAGGUAUUUGGGAACUGAAAGUUGACCUGCGCAAUGAAUUGAAUCUUGGUGAUGAUCGCGCCGGAAGAGAAUUCCUGCAAGAUGUGCAGCAAAUGAGGAUUAGUGCUAAUUUUAUGGAUGGACGCGGAGAACGAGCUAACAGUGAGCUGUUACUGCUGUCACAUUACUCGCCACAAAAUCGACACAUCAAAGUUACGACCAGUACGCAACAAGCUAAAGUAGGAGAAUACAUUGUGCUGCACGUGCAAACCAACUUCUUUAUGGAGUCCUUCAAUUACAUUCUGAUGUCAAAAGGCAUUGUACUGUUGAAUGGACAGGAGAACAUGCAAGAAGGAAUCCGAACAAUGGCUUUGACUUUGUCUGCUGAAAUGGCACCCGUUGCCACCGUUGUCGUAUGGCAUAUUGCUCAACAUGGCCUCAUCGUAGCGGACAGUUUAACAUUCCCGGUGAACGGCAUUUCUCGCAACAAUUUCACCGUUUACAUCAACAAUCGUAAGGCUCGUACCGGAGAAAGAGUGGAAGUGGCUGUCUACGGCGAGCCUGGUGCAUACGUUGGUUUGAGUGGUAUUGAUAAUGCAUUCUAUACGAUGCAGGCUGGCAACGAACUGACCUACGCUAAGGUCAUUACGAAAAUGUCGACAUUCGAUGAACAAACUAAUGGAACUCACAAACACACAUGGUAUUCUCACGAAGGUAACCCUGACGAUUUGGUGUAUUAUCCGUCGUCGUCGUACGGUAUCGAUGCGAAUCGUACAUUCGAAUACUCCGGCCUGAUAAUAUUCACAGAUGGCAUUGUCCCACGAAGACAUGAAUUCUGUAACCGAUCGCUAGGUCUUGGCGAAUGUCUCAACGGACGUUGCUACCGAUUGGACAAAAAGUGUGACGGAUUUUUCGAUUGUGAGGAUGGAACGGAUGAAAUCGGUUGUCAAUACACAAACUUUACCAGCGUCGCCGAAUUCAGGAAGUACCGGUUCAAUCGCAUUCGCCGUCACUACGAGAAUGUGUGGCUGUGGAAGGACAUAAACAUUGGGCCGCAUGGACGUUUUAUAUUCUCAUUGGAUGUACCAGAAAUACCAGCGCAGUGGAUGGUAUCGGCAUUCAGUGUUAGUCCGACCAUGGGCUUCGGAAUGAUUCCUCGAGCAAUCGAAUAUGUGGGCGUUCAGCCGUUCUUCAUCAAUGUCGAAAUGCCCACAGAAUGCCGGCAAGGUGAACAAGUUGGCAUUCGCGUCACAGUUUUCAAUUAUCAAACAACAGCCAUCGAAGCAACGGUCGUACUGCACGGAUCGCCCGAUUUCAAAUUCGUGCACGUUGGCGAAAAUGGCAUCGUGAGGUCAUAUAAUCCGGAAACGUCGUUCGGAGAACAUCAGUUCUUCAUAUACUUAGAAGCGCAAGGCACAUCAAUCGUUUACUUGCCAAUCGUACCGACCAGACUUGGUGAUAUCGAAAUUACUGUACAUGGAUCGACCUUACUCGGUGCAGACACAAUCACACGUAAACUUCAUGUAGAAGCUGACGGUCUUCCACAAUAUCGCCAUCAAUCCAUUUUACUCGAUCUCCGCAAUCGUGCUUACGUCUUCCAGUACAUGCACGUUAACGUUACCGAGACCCCAAUUAUUCCAUACGACGUCGAUCGUUAUUUCGUAUUCGGAUCGAACAAGGCAAGAAUUUCAGUGGUGGGUGAUGUGGUCGGUCCCAUUUUCCCAACAAUGCCCGUCAAUGCAACCAGCAUGAUCUAUUUGCCGAUGGACUCAGCCGAACAAAAUAUGUUCAGUUUUGCAGCCAACUUGUACACGGUGAUGUACAUGAGAUUAAUCAACCAACGUAACCGCAUCACCGAGAAAAAUGCCUUCUAUCACAUGAACAUCGGCUACCAGCGCCAAUUAAGUUUCAUGAUGCCCGAUGGAUCAUUCUCGCUGUUCCGUUCCGAUUGGAAUACGUCUGCCUCGUCCACCUGGUUGACAGCGUACUGUGCCCGAAUCUUCCAAGAGGCAUCGUUCUAUGAAUGGGAAAAUUACAUUUACAUCGAUCCGCUGGUGAUCCAGAAGUCAAUCCGUUGGUUAUUGAGACAUCAAACGCACGAUGGUGCGUUCUACGAAGUAACAUGGUCGCCAGAUCGUAAGGCCAACGGGUCGUUACAUUUGGAACACGACGAUUACAUUCGACACAGGAAUAUUUCACUGACCGCUCAUGUAUUGAUCACAUUGGCUCAAGCUAAAGACUUGGCAGGGAGCCUUGGCGCAAGAGUUGCUAUAGCUCAGCAGAGGGCGAUACAGUGGCUGGACCGAAAUUUGAAUCUAAUCAAAGAAAGGGGCGAACCUUAUGAAGUGGCCUUAGUAGCGUACGCAUUGAAAUUAACACAGGCACCGAUAGCAGAACAGGCUUUCGGCAUUCUAGCCGACCAUGCACGAACGAUCGGCGAGUAUAUGUAUUGGGGCAACAUCGAAGUUCCGUUGCCGCCGAGCAAAUUGGAAAAUCAGAAAUACUUUUCAUUGCCGCGAUUGCCAUACGAAUACGAUUCGAUAAAUAUUGAAACAACUGCCUACGCCCUGUUAACUUAUGUAUCCCGACACGAAAUAAUGGUCGAUGCUAUUGUUCGAUGGUUGACGUCGCAGCGUUUAAAUGACGGUGGAUGGGCGUCGACAAGUGAUACCAGUGUGGCAAUGAAAGCGCUUAUCGAGUAUACAAUGCAUACACGUAUCCGUGAUGUGUCCCAAUUGUCAAUUACCGUUGAAGCGACAUCACUUCCUGGACAAACCAAGACGCUCUACAUCACCGACCAGAAUUUGGCUAAACUUCAAACAAUCGAGAUUCCGAAUGCCUGGGGUACCGUAAAAGUACAGGCGAAAGGUGCCGGCUAUGCCAUUUUACAGAUGCACGUUCAAUACAAUGUUGACAUCGAUAAAUUCCAAACGAAGCCGCCAAUACCGGCCUUUGAUCUCAAUACCAAAGCUACGUUCCACGGUAGAAAUCAGUCUCACAUAACUUAUGUGUCAUGCCAACGGUGGACCAAUCUAAACGAAUCGAUACGAUCUGGUAUGGCUGUACUUGAUGUUGCCAUUCCUACCGGCUAUUGGAUUCAACAACAACGACUGGACUCUUACAUUUUGAGUCGAAGAGUUCGUAACCUUCAACGAGCUCGUUAUCAGGAGAAGAAAGUUCUUUUCUACUUUGAUUUUCUGGAUCAAGAAGACAUUUGUGUGAAUUUCACAAUUGAACGAUGGUAUCCGGUCGCUAAUAUGUCACGAUAUCUGCCUAUCAGAGUAUACGAUUACUACGCCCCAGAACGAUUCAACGAGACAAUUUUCGAUGCACUUCCCACCUAUCUAUUGAACAUUUGCGAGGUGUGCGGAAGUUCCCAAUGUCCAUACUGUUCCAUUUACAAUGCAGCAGUCAAAUCGCCCGUGUCUGCCAUGUUAAUAAUUGCAAUGAUUGUAGUCGUUAGUUUAAGACAUUUUAGAAUAACAAGACCGAAUGCCAGUUGGUUCGUAUGGAAUGAGUAGCAGCUUCACUAGUAAUACAAAAAGAAAACGUUUGCGUAAGGCAUAGACAAAAGGAAUUUGUUGAUUACGAAUUUGUUCAGGUAAAUUUUUUCCUUUUUUUGAUUUUUUAUUAUUUGCCAAAUGGAAAGUUUUAUGUUCCAUUUGAAUGACGAAAUAUUUUGUAAUUUUAUAUGGAUGAUAAAUUUGAAAAGCAAUCUCGGUAGUUUAAGAUAGAGGAGAGAAGAAUGGGUGUUAAUUGUUAUGCGUUUUUUUUUGUCCUUAUACUCUUAUCUGAGAGAGGACUCGGUUCAAAAUUGAUGAGUUUCUGAUUUAGUAAAAAAGUUAAUUAAAAUUGUGUUACAAUGGGAGUGUUUUUUUAGAGAUAAAUAUUGUAGAAACUGUACAAAGAAAAACAUUUUUUUUAGUGCGUUGCAGUUAAAGUAGUUUAAACAAAAAAAUGGAAUCUCGUCAAAUCUCCACCAAAGUAAUACACACACGAUAUUCCCGAAAAUUUCCCGGGAAAUUUCAUGUAGUUGCUACACACUCUUACAAAUCGAUAAAUCAUUUACUCAACACCAGCCUAACUAUUUAAGCGAAGCAAAUUUAUUUUAUUAGAAACAUGAAAUGUACAAAAGAAGAAAACCUGAGCAAACAAAAAAAUAUUUACGAGAAGUAUAAAUAUUAUGAAUCAAGGCCGUCCAAUUUACUUUCUGGUCAAAUAAUUUUUUUUUUUUAGAUUUUUUGUCAUCUUUUUUUAGUUUUAAAUGAAUUAUUUGAAAUAAUUUUGUUUAACAAUUAAAAUUUUGCUCUUUAAUUUCGUCAGAUUUGGAAGAUCCUCUAAAAGAGAAUAAUGCGUUUUUGAACAGCAAAAUCGCGUCGUUAGUUCUUUAGUAUUUUAAUUUUUGAUAUUUCGUUUUUUUUUUAAGAAAACUGUGUUUCUGGAUGUUUCUUUCCUAAUCGAUUUUUUAUGUUGUAAUGUGUCUGCCAAUGAAAGUCCGUCAAUGUAAGUACUUCACAGGCUAAAAGCGGUCUGAAACGUACACUGACAAAAAAGAUUUUAGAAUGGUUACCGUCAGCAGGUAAUUUGUAUUCAGGUCUCUUCAGUUUGCAUAUAAAUUAAGAGUGAUAUCGCCAAAUCUUCAGGUGAUUGGGAAACAAGCGGUCUCCGAUUUUAAUGAGUG